AGCGUUCCAGGGAGUGAGGACCCAUCCCGGAGGGAAGGAGGACAGCAGCCGAGAGAGGAUGCUCUCUGGAGGCUGACUAGGGGCUGGCCGGGCGACCAUGCCGUCCCGACAUGGCCCUCAUGGGAGGCCGCGCGCGGAAAGCCUCACCCGCCAGCACCAGCUUGGCCAUGCCGCGCUGCCUCAGGCCAGCAGCCGCUGCCACCUCCUCGCAGCAACGAGCGGCGCUAACGCCGUUUGUCCCUCGGCCCGCGCCGUCCCUCUCGCGAGGCCGCCCGAGAGCGCGCGGGGAUUAUGGCGGCGCCGCGUGCAAGAUUAAUGAUUUUAUGCGUUUUCUCUGGGACUGUUUCCUUGGGUAGAAUUUAAUUGAAUCUCUUACUUUGAAUUGACAUUUCAAGUCUAUUCAUGAGACAUUAGCAAAAAUGAAUAAUAAGAUAAGUUUUUUGUUAAGUAGUGUUAGAAGCAUGCAUAGGUGCAGUUCUGUGCUCACUCCCAAGUCUUCGAGCGCAACAAGAAAACACAUUUUAUGGAUUGGCAGAUACUGGAAUCCCCUGGAAAAUGUGAAGUUCAGGAAAUUAAACAUUCAUCCUUGUCUGCAUGGAUCAUCCCUUCGAUUUCUAUCUCAGAGGACAGAUGUUUUUAGCACAGGUGCUGAAAUGCAACCAGAGAAGAGUACAGAGGAUUUAGUGAGUGAACAGGCUUCCCAACGCUCCUUGGAACUUGAAAAAUUGGAUGAUUCUGGGAGCUUCAAAAUGAAGCCUGUAAUGGAUCAUAGUGAACCAUUCUUUAAUAGCCUCCAGAAAUGUACCUGUCCUUGCGAUGUACUGGACUUGGCUUCUGAGUCUGCUGUUACCUCUAAGCACUUCACAAACUGUUUAACUAAAGUAUGGAAGCUCUUCAAAAACCUGUCUGAAGACCAGCAGCGUUACGAGAAGCAGCUGAUCUUCGAGCACCCAGCUUUUGUCAAGCUUUGUCAGCAGCUGCUACAGGACUCCAGAAGAAUGACACGGGGCGACUUGGUGUUCAAUCUGCAUGCCGUGGUGAACCUAGGUGUUCCUCAGAACACUCGCCUAGUCCAGACUUUAGUGAGAGUGUGCCAAGAGAAGCUCAAUCAGUUUGAUAACCGAUGUGUCUCAGUUUUGGCAACCACUUUAUCCGGGAUGGACAAAGACAAGAAUGUGAGCGCUCUUCAAGCUGGAUUACAGUUACUAGUGGAACAGCGCAUUCCAAGCAUCAGAGACAUCUUUAUACUGCAAAACUUGAUUAAAUGUGUGGGAAAAGAUGCUCCAGUCUUUCUGAAGAAGAAGUUAGAGAUGGCAGUUUUGAAGGAGAUAGACCAUCUGACUUUCCCGAAUGCUCUGCGUAUGUUUUUGGCUCUUGUUGCUAUGAAUUAUUGUUCUGUUCCAAUCCUGAAUGCCUGCAGUAAAAUGAUCCAGGAGAAUAUCCAUGAUGUUCCAUUUCGGCAGUUACUUCUUAUUCUGGAAGCUUGUUACCAUCUCCAGUACCGUAAUGAAAAACUCUUUUCAGCAUUAGCAGACUAUGUGGGUUCUACUGUCUGCCUUUGGGACAAAAAACAGAUUAUCCUUUUUCUUUCUGUCUUCGAGCUACUUGGCUUUCAUCCUAGUGAGCUGAUGGAUACUUUUGCUGAGAAGGUGACAGAAGACCCUGAGUUCCUCAACUUAAAAAACCUUUUGAUUGUUCUCCGAGUGUAUUCACGACUCAAUUGUGUUCCCAGAGGCCAAAAGGAUCUGUUUCUUGAGACUCUUCAUAGCUGCUUGAAUAAGUACCUCCCUGAGAUUUCCAACACAGACCUACUGAGGGCAGUGUAUUCACUUUGCAUCUUAGGAUAUCUUCCUCACCGUGCACUUGAUGAGCUGCUGAAAAAGCACAGCAGGGAUGAACUUCUGCUGUCAGACGAUCUUUACAAAGAACAAAAGGAAAUGAUGCUUCGCAAUGUGAAAGCAUGUAUGGAACUUGAUAGCCCUUCCUUCAUGAAGCCCGCAUUUGUGCUGACUGAGAAUUUAUCCUCAUCAGUAUCCCUUAAUCUCAGAAAGGCUCGGGAGGCACUAAUAGAACUUCUGGGAAAUGAGAACAUGUUUCGGCAAAAUGUUCAGCUGCCGUAUAAAUAUCAUAUUGAUUUUGAAAUCAGAAUGGAUUCAGAGAGAAAGAAGGUGCUCCCAGUAGCUGCAGCAGAUGAUCAAACUAAUUCACGUGUUCAAAGAUUGGCUUUUCUCUUUGUUCCUCUGUCUGCCUUCUGUUUGGGUACAACACACCCGCAAGGGAAGCUGGCGAUGAAGAAGCGGCAUCUGAAUAAACUGGGCUACCAUGUAAUUCUGAUCCUGAACAAGAAGUUUCAAGAAAUGACAAAUGAAGAUGCAAUUGAGUUUUUGAAAGGAAAAAUUUAUUCGGAAAAUUCUUUUUCUGAAGUGACUAUGCAGGAUAAUAAUUAAAGUAAAUAAUUUUGGGUCUCGUGA